AAUCGGAUCACUUGGGGUGACAUCGAGAGGAUUGCCUUCCCUUUACUGCUUCAUUACCCGAGCGCUGAGAUAUUCCGAUAUCCGGGCGGAAACUUCAAAGAGAACCGUCUGUUUAACGACAUUUGCAGCUUCUUUGACCACAUAAUUCCCGCCUAUUUUUUUGACGCAUUGAUGGCACUGACGGGUCGCAAGAGAAUUAUGGUCAGAAUCUACGAGAAGUUGCAUCGGGCGACCGGUGCCCUCGAAUGGUUCACCACAAGAGAGUGGAAGUUCAGUGCGAAUAAUGUACUCAUGCUUAUCGAUCAACUCAAGGGAGUGGAUAAAGAGACAUUCCAUUUUGAUAUCCGUGACCUCCAUUGGCCCACAUAUUGGGAGGACUAUGUGUUGGGUUCGCGGAAAUACAUACUAAAAGAAGACAACUCCUCUCUACCCAAAGCCAGAAGUAAUUUGCGGCGGAUGUAUUUGAUGCACAAAUUGAUUGGAUUCUUGAUAAUGUACGGCAUUUGGCACCGUUUCCUUCUACGCACACAUGCGGCCCGACGUCUGUGGCUGUUGUUGAGCUCAUUAGUGAUGAAACUGUUCAGUAUUUUGCCCGCAAUCGCCAAUACAUAAUAAGAUUGAUUACAAUUUUGUAAAGUCAAUUCUUUAAUGAAUUAGAAGUCAUUUUUGAAUAAUAAGUUUUAUGAGGUAUUAAUUUUGAAUUUUAGAAAUUUCAUUUCACAAUCACUAACUGGUCUGCCAUUAAUUGCAUACAAUUUUUCAAUUGUUUUACUCAUUACAAUAUUGGGAAACAAUUUGCCACAAUUUUAACAAUAAAAACCAAAACAC